AAUAAUUAAUUCUUGACGUACGUAUCUGAAUAUCUGAGAUGGGAGAUAUUAAGGUUACUCGUGCAAAUCAAGAGAAACAUAUAUCUUCAUCAUCGUCUAGUGAAUUAUCAGAUCAAUGCGAGGAAUUACAACGUUUAGAGGAUGCACCACCUUUUUGGAGGAACCCUAAUAAGAAGUUAUCAAAGCAACUUUCCAUGUGUGAGAUUCCACGUGACAUUGCAUGGGAAAAACGACGUCGUCAAUUUCUUCAUCAAGAGAGGAAAAAGAAUAUUAUUGGAAAUACUCAAGACGUUGAUGCAUAUAUAACUGAUGAGGAUUUGAAUGAACUAAAAGGUUGCAUAGAUUUAGGAUUUGGAUUUAAUGAAGAAGAAGGGCAAAGGUUAUGUAACACCUUGCCUGCACUUGAUCUUUAUUUCGCGGUGAAUCGUCAGUAUUUAACUAGCCCAAUCUCUUCACCGGGUAGCAAUAAAGGGUCAAUGUCAUCUCCGGGUUCAUUGAAUUCUCUCGGAGGAAGGUCAUCCUCUUUUGGAAGCCCUAGGAGUGAUCACGUUGAUGCAUGGAAGAUUUAUAGCCCAGGUGAUGAUCCUCAACAAGUUAAGACAAAGUUGAGGCAUUGGGCGCAGGCAGUGGCUUGUUCUGUCAAGCAGUCUUAUUGAAGUUGAAAGGGUGGUGAUGAAAUUAAACACCAUGUUCUGACUAUGUUUUCUAUU